AUGGUCGUCUGGGCAUUGGUUCCAGGCAAAAUAGUCGUAUCAUGGAUGCCCUGGUUGGGUGCGAAACUGUUAUUCCCAGUCUCUUGCACACCAGGCGCAAUUCCAGUAAUAGGAGCUUUUCCACCAUUCACCACGCUUCCCGUCUAUCCGGGAUUAAUAGCAGGCGGAACCCUUGAACUUCAUGGGUCCUGUAGUGCCGGAUCCAGCGUCUGUGAAUUCGUUGGGUCAGACAGGCCUCUACAAAUGAAAAAAUCAACUACAAUUGAUGCAUUCUUUAAAAGAAAGAAUGUUGAAGUUUCAACAUCUGAUGUCUCAUCAAAUCUAUCAGUGGAUGUAGAUCAUAAGAAUUCAAAAAAUCGCCCAACAAAGUCUUUAAGACUUGACAUUAAAGAAGGAUUUGAUAUUAAUUUAUUGGAGCGUGAUCCGGGAAUACGCCCGCUAAUAUGGGAGUAUCCACCAGAGAAGCGUGACGAAGUUCGCAGAGCUUACAUUAAAGCUGGUCCAUAUCAGAUUAUACUCUCUAGCUAUCAAAAAUCAGAAGAAGCUCAUUCACGUUCUUUUCAGUCAUCUUGGUUUAAGCUAUUUCCAUCUUGGUUGGAAUAUUCUCCUAAAGUAGCGGAAGUUUUGGAUAAAGCUCCACGAAAUGCCACAUAUACAUCACCAACAACGCAAAAACAAAUUUUGCAUGUAUUGGGAAAUAAAGUGAGAAACGCGAUUCGUGAAGAAAUUAGUGAUGCAAAAUUUUCUAUAAUAGUUGAUGAAGCACGAGAUGAAUCUAAGAAAGAGCAAAUGUCAAUUGUUUUAAGAUUUAUUGAUAAAGAUGGUUAUGUGCAAGAACGUUUUUUUGGGCUUAUUCAUGUCAAAGACACUGCUGCUAUAACAUUAAAAGAAGGUAUUUUCUCUAUACUCUCUAAUUAUAGUCUUGAUGUUCAAUCUAUUCGUGGACAAGGUUAUGAUGGCGCAAGUAAUAUGCGCAGACAAUGGAAUGGUUUGCAAGCUUUAAUUUCAAGUGAAUGUCCUUAUGCUUACUAUGUUCAUUGUUUUGUACAUCGUUUGCAAUUAGCAUUAGUUGCUGCAUCUAGAGAAGUUAUUCCUGUCCAUCAAUUUUUUACAAAGUUAAACUCUAUUGUUAAUAUUGUUGGUGCUUCAUGUAAACGCAAUGACCAACUAAAAGCUGCUCAGGCUACAAAUAUUGCUCAUUUACUUGAGAUUGAUGAACUAGAAAGUGGGAAAGGACUCAAUCAAAUUGGUUCUUUACAAAGGGCAGGUGAUACUCGUUGGAGUUCUCAUUUGAAAUCUAUUUCUAGUUUGAUAAAGAUGUUUAGUGCAACAUGUGAAGUUUUAUUGAAUAUUAUUGAAGAUGGUACUACUUUUGCUCAACGAGGAGAUGCGGAUGCAGCUUAUGAGUCAUUAACUUCUUUUGAAUUUGUUUUCAUUUUGCAUCUUAUGAAAAAAAUUCUGGAGAUUGCUAAUAUACUAUGUCAAGCUUUACAACUUCAGUCUCAAGAUAUUUUAAAUGCAAUGCAUCUUGUUUCAUCUACUAAGACUCGCAUUCAGAAAUUGAGAGAAGAUGGAUGGGAUGAAUUAGUUUAUGAGGUGAAAUCUUUUUGUGAACGUGUUAAUAUACCUGUCCCAGAUUUUAAUGCUCACUAUACUACAAAAAGAGGAAGAAGUCGUGGUCAACAAGAUGCAAUUACAGUGGAGCAUUAUUAUAGAGUUGAUCUUUUUAAUUCAGUGAUAGACUUUCAACUAUAA